AAAUGAAUAAAAAUACAAUCUGUGUUGUUAAAAGUGCUAUAUAAAUGAAAACAAAUCCCUUCUCACUGGAUAAAAAAAAAAAACUUCAGGCCAUAUUUAAAUCCUGAUAUAUCCAUGUUUGACUUGUCCAAAAUUUUGCUGUCCUAAAAAUUAUUCUAUACUACACUUGUGGCACGCACAUGCAUUAUGACAGGUUAGAUUUGUCUAUUUCCCCAUGAUGCGAGCCCCUGUUAUCAUGUUCCUUACCAAUAAAACAUCUUUCCUCCUCUGUCAGCCAGAUCUGUCGACAGGUACAGGGUAAAUCCAAGUUAAUCAGACUAAACCAGGUCUAAACCAGGUCAUCAGUCCAAUCAGGCAAAUUAUACAGGCAAGCAGGUCGGUGAAUCAAUAAAUACGAAAACAGGCAGAAAUCAUACACAGGAAUAGCAAUCGGAAUCAACAGGAAGGCUUGGUAAGACAGGUAGACCGGCAAUACUUCGCAGUGAGCAUAUGGAGAGCCUUGAGUUAUAUAGCCUUCAGACAGGAAAUAAUUAUAGAGAAAGCACAUUAUAGAGCGGCAGGGCACAGCUAGUACUCUGCUGGGUUGCGAUUUGUAUGUCUUUAAUCUGUUUAAUCUGUGUUUCUAAAGAUCUGACCACAGGAUUCAGGAAGUCUUGAGUCUUUAAGACAGUCUUUGUCUUUAAACAUCUUUCAUCAUUCAGUCAGUAUGGAGCUCAGACAACUUCCUCUUGUGCUCUUGCUGAUUUCAAACAUCUUCUCUCAACAUACUGAAGAAAGACCAAAAGCCAAAGUGACCAUCAAACCUGAUCAACAUGUAUUCAGAGGAGAGAGAGUCACUCUCAGAUGUGACAUAUAUGCUGAAGGAGUCACUAGAUGGCGGUACAGCUGGUAUAAAGAUGGUUCAGACACUGUUUUCAGUGAUAAACAGGAACACACAUUCAGUUCUGUUACUGAGUCUGACGCAGGUAAAUACUCCUGUUCUGGAUCAGAGAGAAAAGGAUCACGAACAUCACACAUCAGUGAAGAAGUUACUCUGACAGUAUCAGGUGAGUUUGAUCAUCUCUUCACACACAAACACACGUUUAAAGUGUUAUUAAUGAGAGAUUUCUCGGUUUCAGAUAAAGCCCUGGCAGUGUUAAGUGUUUCUCCACAGACGUGGUUGACUGAAGGAGAUCCAGUGACUCUGAUCUGUGAGGUUAAAGACUCUUCUACAGGCUGGACAUUCAGCUUGUUUUCUCUAACUCUCUCAUCAGACUACAUAUAUCAUGAAGAGCCUCUCUCAGACAGCAGCAGAGGAUCUGGAGGACUCUACACUAUCAGUUCUGCUGCUGUAGAUCACACAGGAGUUUAUAUGUGCAGAGCAGAGAGAGGAGAAUCAGUCUAUUACACAACCUUCAGCAACAAACAGUUAAUAUGGGUCACUGAUGUUUCUCCUCCAGUCUCUCUGAUCAUCAGUCCCAGCAGAACUCAACACUUCACAUCUGUCUCUCUCUCUCUGAGCUGUGAGGACCAGAGUAACUCUACUGGAUGGACAGUGAGAAGAUACACAGACACCUGGUGGCUGGAAGAUUGUUCAUCACCAUCAUUAGACUGGGGAUCACAAACAGGAUCUACAUGUACAAUCAGAUCCACCAGAACAUGGGACACAGCAGUGUACUGGUGUGAGUCUAAAUCUGGAGUGAAAAGUUAUCCUGUUAAUAUCACUGUACACCAGGGUGUGAUUCUGGAGAGUCCUGUUCAUCCUGUGACUGAAGGAGAUAAUCUGACUCUACGCUGUUUAUAUCAACAUUCAACCCCACCAAACCUCAGAGCUGAUUUCUAUAAAGAUGAAUCACUCAUCCAGAGUCAAACUACAGAGAUGAUCAUCUCUACUGUCUCAAAGUCACACGAGGGUUUCUACUCCUGCAAACACCCAGAGAGAGGAGAGUCACCCAAGAGCUGGAUCUCAGUCACAGAAAGGCCAAAAGCCAAAGUGACCAUCAAACCUGAUCAACAUGUAUUCAGAGGAGAGAGAGUUACUCUCAGAUGUGACGUAUAUGCUGAAGGAGUCACUAGAUGGCGGUACAGCUGGUAUAAAGAUGAUUCAGGCACUGUUUUCAGUGAUAAACAGGAACACACAUUCAGUUCUGUUACUGAGUCUGACGCAGGUAAAUACUCCUGUUCUGGAUCAGAGAGAGGAGGAUCACGAACAUCACACAUCAGUGAAGAAGUUACUCUGACAGUAUCAGAUAAAGCCCUGGCAGUGUUAAGUGUUUCUCCACAGACGUGGUUGACUGAAGGAGAUCCAGUGACUCUGAUCUGUGAGGUUAAAGACUCCUCUACAGGCUGGACAUUCAGCUGGUUUUCUCUAACUCUCUCAUCAGACAACAGAUAUCACUGUCAGUCUCUCUCAGACAGCAGCAGAGGAUCUGGAGGACUCUACUCUAUCAGUUCUGCUGUAAAUCACACAGGAGUUUAUGUGUGCAGAGCAGAGAGAGGAGAUCCAGUCUAUCACACAACCUUCAGCAACACACAGUUAAUAUGGGUCACUGGUGUUUCUCCUCCAGUCUCUCUGAUCAUCAGUCCCAGCAGAACUCAACACUUCACAUCUGUCUCUCUCUCUCUGAGCUGUGAGGACCAGAGUAACUCUACUGGAUGGACCGUGAGAAGAUACACAGACAGCUGGUGGCUGCAAGAUUGUUCAUCAUCAUCAUCAUCAUCAUCAUCAUCAUCAUCAUCAUCAUUAGACUGGGGAUCACAAACAGGAUCUACAUGUACAAUCAGAUCCACCAGAACAUGGGACACAGGAGUGUACUGGUGUGAGUCUAAAUCUGGAGAGAAAAGUCAUCCUGUUAAUAUCACUGUACACCAGGGUGUGAUUCUGGAGAGUCCUGUUCAUCCUGUGACUGAAGGAGAUAAUCUGACUCUACGCUGUUUAUAUCAACAUUCAACCUCACCAAACCUCAGAGCUGAUUUCUAUAAAGAUGAAUCACUCAUCCAGAGUCAAACUACAGAGAUGAUCAUCUCUACUGUCUCAAAGUCACACGAGGGUUUCUACUCCUGCAAACACCCAGAGAGAGGAGAGUCACCCAAGAGCUGGAUCUCAGUCACAGCUUCCUCCAGAAGAUCAGGACCUGAUAGUUUCAGUCCUGUGAUAGUUGGAGUAUCUGCUGUUAUAUUUAUCAUCAUUGUCUUCUUGGUCCUGCUGUGGUGCUACAGAAACAACAAAGGUGGAAGAUCUCAGUCUCUCUCUAGAGUCAGUCAGACAUCAGAUCAGAACCAGAGUAAAGUGAGAAAUAAAACACUCAUGUCUGAAACUGCAAAUAUUUAUGACUCUACUGAGGCAACAAUUAAUGAAGAUAUAAGCACAGACACUGUAAGUGGAGCUCCUGAAGUCACGUAUGCUGAGAUUGAACUCAAAUCUACAGAGAAACAGAAGAAAAACAAAGAAAACAAAGGGAGAACUAGUGAAAGUUCUGACACUGUUUACUCUAAACUGAAUCUGAAAACCCAUCAGGCUGCUGGAUCUAGUGAUGUGACGUUUGCUCAGGUUAAUAAGUGUUGAAGAGGAAACUUUCAAUCCCAGGAAACUGAUGAGUUUAGUCUGAGAAGAGCUGGAGAAUGAACAGGAUCAUCAGUUCUUUAUCAUUUUUUCCAUUCUGUUUUCUUAAAUAUAACAUCUGUAUACUGUAGUGUUUUUAUUUUUAUUUUUUUCUAUUCUUCUUGAUCUUAAAUGGAAUUGUAACAGGGUUUUCAUGCUCAUAGAAACAUCAGGGAAGUGUUGAAAUGUAAAUGUAAAAAAAAAAAAUCUAUAUAGAAAAUAAAUUUAGUUUUGUUUUAAGUUGUAUUAUUUUGGUUUAGAUUAUUAUUUAUUGUGAUUAAAGAUACAAUUUCUGCAAUGAGAGUCUGUAGCAGGAGUGACUUGGUCAUCAUAAAUGUGAUGCCACAUCCCAGCAAACGAGCCCUUGAGGGCCCACUGCUGGUUCAAUCGGGCCCUGCAUGGGUUAGCCCUCAGGGGCCCCUACUGUAUAAUGAAUACCCCUAUAAAUAACAAUAUGUGCAUAAACAGAUCUUUGGAUGAAUUGUUCAUGUAUUCAUUGUUUAUUGCUGAUAUUCAUUAGUGAUGUAAUAAUGCAAUCAUUUCUUAAAUAUUUCUAAAGGAAUACAUUAAAUGUAAUACAUUUAAUUAAAAUACGUCAGCUUCAGCAAGUGAUUGAUUCUAGCCAAUUGGAAUGAAUUAAUAAGAAUUAAAUUACACAUAUUUUAGUGGUUAUUAUGAGGCACAUGCUUGUUACAUUUUUUAAAUGAGGAACGGUUAUAACGGCCAACUAGACCAUUCAAAUCGUUUUUGAUGAAACAUAAUGACCUAUAAAACUGCAAUCCCAAAUAGUAACAUAAAAUAGGAUUUCUAUAACAUGAUACAAUACCUCGGCUGCAAAUGCUUAUUAAAUCUAGUUUCAUGUAUAAUAUUUCAAUAUAUAGGCUAAUGUAUGGUUAUUUUAAAACCGAUAGACGUCUGUAAAAUCUGUUCUUACAGAAAACGUCUCUUCGCAAAGAAUAUACAUUUGCUUAAAGAUUAUUAGAUUACUGUCACUUAAAUAUUUACUGUUAAUUAAGUAACUUAAAAAUAAUAGAUUAUUAAAAUCUUUGUAGGAAGAGUUUCUGGUCUCAUAGACAAACUGGCGCAUAACCGACCAUCAAUAAUCAAACAAUUACUUAUGAAAAUAUAGCCCAGGAAAUGAUAUUAAAUUCAUUUGUAAAUGUAAUUAUGAUUUAUAAUAAAUAAUGUUCUUUUUAAACUUUAGUUUGAAACCAUUAACAUGUUACAUUAACAAUGUUUGUCUUCUCUCUUUUGAGUACUGAUCGCUUUCUAGUCCUGACUGAGAUCUUAGCUCCACCCCCAGUAAUGUACUGCUGAAGAAGCUGAACAAGGUCCUCAGGAUAAGAGUAACUACUGAGACUACAGAUGUGGAGAGGCUGGAGAUAAAUUCUACUGGAUGCUUUGCAUAAUUACCUUUUUUUCUAGUAUAUCGCAAAUAGCCAUAAUAUAAGCUCAGAUAACAUUUGGCUAAUGUCUAAUUUUAAAUUAGUCAAUAAUCGACUGGUAAUAACAAAAUUUCAGCUUACUUCAGUGUGCCUUUUCAGAUUAGACGGCGAGUUUUUGAAAGCCAUUAUCUCGUGGUACUUUGGUGCGCAGAGCUUGGUAGCGCAUUCAAAACUAGUUGUUUUUACAUCCAACUAUUUCGAAAAAUUCUUCCAGGUACGGCCAGGGAUGUAUAAGUCUACCAGGCUACCAACUCCUUGCUGGUGCUUGGGUGGAACAUUUUGCUUGGGUUCUCUUCUUGAGUGUCUGCCACGGAAAUCUUCGUACUUGGCUACAUAGGUCUGCUAUGUCCAGUGUUCUGUGGUAACAAGUUACAAAGUUAGUAUAGCCUGUUGUCAGUCGCACAAACCAAAAGGGUGUUAG